CGAUGCCCCCUGACCAGCGCGAACAACCGCCUCCGCGUGCUGCGGAACGUCUCGUGACCGAUACGAGAGUGCCGAAGGUCCCUAUUAUUUCACCACCCGAGCCAAGGAACAGGGAGUUCCCCUCUAGCCUGCAGGCUGCCCCCGUCCCCGGUCAGCGAGAACGGCCGAGUGCUAGCUCUGAGGAGAUCAGCUUGGGGAACGCCAACCCGGAGGCUCGGCCACCGUCCUCACGCGAUGGACGACCAGGCCCGGAGCCCAGACCUACGCUUCGUACUCAGGAUCUCGGCUCGAGUCGUAGUAAGGAUGGCCUUCGACCGACCACUCCAGGAUCGGUCUCUGGGGACAAUCGCCCAGCCAUGCAUAGCCCGGCAAGCAGCCUGGGGGCCAGGUCACCUUUGAGAGAUGCGGGCGAAAGGAGAAUGGGCGCAAAGACACAGGCAGACCCUCGGGAACUCGAAGCUUCGAGCAGCUCCAUCGCUCUACCCCCAGUCGAGGUACCGGCUGCAUUGACGCCGGGCGCGUCAGGGCCCAGCAAAGCACCGCCCCCCGUCGAUCCCCUUGAGCCUGCAGCAGCCACGUCUUCUAUCAUGUCGGCUCCAACGAAGAUCCCGGAGCCCGUCGAACCUGUUGCGGAUGCCCUGGCAACGUCACCUCCCGUCAGUGGUCUCGAAGACGCCGAGACUGGAGAAGAGGAGUUUGAUGCCCACCGUCCUGGUCUUGGACCGAUGAUAAAGAAGAAACAGACCAAAGACAUUGCGGGCGCGUUUCGCAAAGCUGCCACUGCUUACGGGGCUUUCAAGCCGCGACCUGGAGGUGCCGGAGAGAGACUUCUGGCGGCAGCCAAGAAGCAACAGAAGGCCGCAGAUGAACCUGAUGGAAUCACCGGUGUUGUUCCCGCCCCGUCUCUGCUUCGGACGAACAGUGAUAAUGUGAUGUCGCCUGAGACACCGGACUCCGAGAUGCCUCCGGCCAUAUCGACCCCUGUAGAAGAGCAGCCGCCAGCGCAGCCCGUACAGCCGGUGCAGCCAUCAGCACCCCCACCCAUCGUCGUCCCGAUAGAACCGCCUACGGUCGAAGUUACGCAAGCCGCCCCCGUUGACCCGACGACCAGUUCAACUGCACUUGCAGAGUCAAGGGAUACAUCCAGAGCGGCAGUGAAGGUUGAUGCAGACCAGAGAUCGAGAUCCGUGUCCCCCUCGCCCCACGAUCGUCGCCGCAGACGCCAUGAAGAUAACACGAUCAAGUAUUGCCAAACACUUGGAGUCAAUCCCACGAUUCUCGAAGGCCGUGGCAUAGACUUUGAUGACAUACUGACAGAUCUCGGCUGGAACGGACGACUGAGUGACGAAAAGAAGAUCGAAGAUCUAGAGGCAGAUAUUCGCCGCGAGAUUGGGCGUGUGGAGGCUACCAGCUGGCUUGGUAACCUUGAACAACAGGAGGGCAAGCUCGACCAACUUGCGAAACUCAUCGACAGGACGGUCGAGGAAUGUGAAGAGCUGGACAAUCUUCUCACUCUAUACUCCCACGAACUCAACACUCUUCAUGAUGAUGUGUCAUAUAUAGAGACGCAAGGCCAAGGUCUGCAAGUUCAAACCGCUAACCAGAAACUGCUUCACAACGAGCUCCAAAACCUACUCAAGACUCUUUCCAUCUCGUCCAACGACCUGCGCGCUUUGAAGGAAUCUUCAUUGAGCAAUCCCGAUGGACUGCGCGAUACUGAGCUUGCCCUGUCAACGUUAUACAAAGCGAUGCUGAUGAUUGAUUCCGACAUACGGCACAACAGGAGGCGACUUGCUGAUUCCGCUGGGGAUCAUGGAAGCUUAGGCGUGUAUGCCGAUACGGAAAUCGGACAGAUGCGCGCAAUCCAGGAAAAGAAGGAGGAGUACCGUGCACACUCUCGAGUCUUCUUACAACGGCUCAAACAAUUUAUGGCCAUUGCCUACAAGGUGGCGGAACAAAAGCGGAUCGACGCAGCAGCCAACUCCCAAAGGGAUCCCUUGAAGCUCGAUAGCGAAGCCCGGGGCUACUGCCGUCGCGAGCUGUGGCAAUACCAUGCAGUGACCCUCUUUGCACGGGAAGUCAGUGCGGGGGAGUGGCAUGCGCUCAUCAACCUCUACGAGCAACAGGCCAAGCAGCCCUACCAAAAUGAUUUCCGGGACAAUAGUCUGGCGUGGAGGAAGUCGGCGAGAAAGCCUACUGGAGAGGAGCAGGAACUCCUCUUCACCCAUCAGGAAAAGGAGAAAGAGUCCGAAGGCAUCACCAUGGCUGCGCGCAAACUAACCGUGAGAAGAGGGAAAACUAUCCGCGCCGCGGCAGGUCUAAAGCCUUCCGGCGAUAAGCAGCGCGGCAAGCUCGAGCCGUGCGAAGUAUUCGCAGGCACACUUAACGAGACUCUCAACAUGAUUGCGGAGGAGCAGAACUUCAUCGUCCAUUUCUUUCAUCUCAACUCACUUUCCAUUGUCGACUUUCCUGAUCUGGUUGCUAUGGGCGCUCCUGACGAGCGCAGAGUACCCGGCUUCGGCUCCAAGCAGCUGCACGAUCCCGACCGGGGUAUGGCAAAGAAAGUUGAACAGGUUUUGGACGAGCUAUUCUCGUUUUGGCCUACUGAUAUGCAGAAUCUCGUGGACUGGGCCCUCGGAGCCGAUCCGCUGCAAGGCAUUGGGAUUCUGCUGGCCAUGGAGAAGGCCAUGGCCGAGUUCGACGAUACCAACCAGGACUUUAUCAUCCAUUCCCUCCAGAAGCUGCACACCCGGCUGCUUGGUCUCUUCAAUCGGUUCGUUGAUGAGCAGAUCCGAGGCAUCGAGGAGACCAAGGUUAAGGUGAACAAGCGAAAGGGGGUGAUCUCAUUCAUGCGAGUCUUCCCGCACUUCUCUACCGCGAUAGAGAACAUGCUGCUACAGGAGUUCUAUGACGUCCGGGUGAACGUCAACGAAGCCUACGAUCGCAUCAACCGGGCCAUGUGGGAGUCGCUGAAGUUCAUCGCCAAGGAAGCGCCGGGCCAGCCAACUGGCGCGGCCGCCACCACCGGUGACCCGGAAGACAAAGCCAUCCUGAACUACCACAUUCUUCUGAUCGAGAACAUGAACCACUACAUUGAGGAGGUCGAUGUUCGGGGCCUGCCGGUCUUGGUGCGGUGGCGCGACCGGGCGCACGAAGACAUGCAGGAGCACUUGAAGCUGUACCUCGACUCGGUCAUCCACCGGCCCCUGGGCAAGCUGCUGGAAUUCAUCGAGUCCGUUGAGAGCAUGCUGGCCACCGGCAUGAGCCCCACGGACAUUGCCAUCCGGCCCAGCCACUCGCGGUCGGUGGCGAAGAAGGUGCUGGCAACGUACGACGCGAAGGAAAUCCGGCGCGGAAUUGAGAUGCUGAAGAAGCGGGUCGAGAAGCACUUUGGCGAUGCGGACGACCCGGGCCUCAGCCGGAGCUUGGUGCAGAAGGUGCUCCGGGCAUGCGAGGGGCGGUUCGAGGAAGCGUAUGACCGGACCCGCCGCGUCGUGGAUACGGUGUACGAAGGCCAGCUGGAGCUUGAAUGGCGCAAGGAGGAUAGCAUGGCGAUGUUCCAAAAGUGAAAGGCGGUGUCACUACUUGCUUGUUGGUGUCUCUUUAAGGUUUUUUGCCCUUGCAUGCCGAUCUGUCAAUUGGCCCUUUCGAGGGCACUUGUUCGUUUUGCGCAUCAUAGAACGGGCGCAUGGGUUGGAUAUUCGCAUUUGCCCGUGUUCGUGUCUUGUCUUGUUUUCUCUGUUUCCGUAUAGUACCCAUCCAUGCAUGCAUGCCUGCCUUUUGAUGUAUCUAUAGCCCUGCAAAGAGGUAACGGUAACGCUAACGGUAACGGUGACGGGGGC